AUGCUCUUCAACCAACUAAUUCCCAUUUUCGCUGCGGCGGUUCAAGCACUACCCCAGCCAGCUUCAGCCAGUUGCCGAGAUAUUCAGAUCCCAAUUACCGUUUCAACCCCUCGGUUCAUUUUGACAACGUCGCUCCAAGAUGAUUGGGAUGCUGCUGCACUAACUCUCAAUUUGACUCGCCGAGAUUCGGGUAAAGCGGCCGACCCUCUUCCCAUUAGUGGAUCCACAUCGGCUUCUGUGAAGAGUACUUACACCGUGGGUGCGACAUUGUGUGGCCAUGGAGGACCGACGCUGGUACUUACACAUGGAAUCAUUGAAUCGAAGCUUUACUGGCGACCCAACUUUCCAGGCAGUGAGAAAUACAACUUUGUUGAUGCUGCUAUUGCCCAGGGAUAUUCAGUCCUCAGCUACGAUCGCAUCGGUGUUGGAUCAUCACCAAAAGUAAACGCGUUCACAGACGCACAAUUCCAGGUCGAAGUUGCCGUGCUAGAGGGUCUCGUUAAUUACGCCAAAACCAAAGCCAACGCUAGCAAGAUUGCCCUUGUCGGCCACAGUUAUGGCUCCUACAUCUCCUCCGCAGCAGCCACUCAUAUCGCCAUCGAUGGUCUCGUAUUGACUGGUUUCAGUGGAACUUUUGAAUUCUUCCCCCCUUUCGUUGCAGGUGCCGGCUUGCGCGUUGCUAAGCUACAGAACCCUGCGCGGUGGGGAAAGCUAGAUUCUGGAUACUUCACCAGCUCGGAUUUGUUCGCCGAGACCUAUAUCUACUAUGCAGCUCCGCACUUCGAGCACAGCGUUGCUGAAUGGAGUUAUAAUGUUGCCAGCGAGCCGUUUGCAGUUGGCGAGCUUCCCUCGCUGCUGGCUACUACGAUUGACUACUGUAAAAUUAAGGCACCUGUCUUGGUUCUCCAAGGCCAGUUUGACGUCUCUGCCUGCGGCGGAAACUGCAUCGGUGUUGUAAAUGGCACAAAGGAUAUAUUCACCGGUGCCAAAGUCCUUGAAUAUGUUGACAAUUUGCCAUCAGGUCACAAUCUCAACUUUCACAAGGUUGCACCACAGGCAUUCCAAAAAAUCUUCAACUUCUUGAAGGCCCAGGGUGUUUGAGUGUUUAUGAUACAGACAGUGGGACCAACAAAUCCCUCAUAAUCAUGCACAUAUAUUGGCAUUUAUAGAGAGCAGAACCAACGACGUUUUAUAUCCAGAGGAAAAGUGUUACACUCC